AUGGUCCGAUACGCAGCAACUGAGAUCGCGCCGUCAAAGUCGGCCCGCGCCCGCGGUGCCUACCUCCGCGUUUCCUUCAAGAACACCCGCGAGACCGCCCAGGCCAUCAACGGCUGGAAGCUGCAGCGCGCCGUCAAGUUCCUCGAGAACGUCAAGGAGAAGGUCGAGGCUGUCCCCAUGCGCCGCUACGCCGGCAGCACUGGCCGAACUGCUCAAGGCAAGCAGUUUGGUGUCUCCAAGGCCCGCUGGCCCACCAAGUCCGCCGAGUUCCUCCUCGGUCUCCUGAAGAACGCUGAGUCCAACGCCGACGCCAAGGGUCUCGACACCGGCAACCUGAUUGUCAAGCACAUCCAAGUCAACCAGGCCCCCAAGCAGCGACGAAGGACAUACCGUGCUCACGGUCGUAUCAACCCCUACAUGUCCAACCCCUGCCACAUUGAGCUUAUCCUGACCGAGGCUGAGGAGGUCGUCCAGAAGUCGGAUGCGGUUGUCGCUCGUGAGGAGCAUCUCAGCUCAAGACAGCGUGGAGCGCGCGUGCGCAAGGCCAUCACCGCCGCAUAG